GAGUCGUUGGAGUCGUCUGCUGGACUUCGCGGGAACCCGGUCGUGGGGGAGUCGAAACAGGACGCCUCCUCCUGCUGUAGCUGUGGACGGGGGCUAUUGGUGGCCGUGGCCGCUCUCCUCGCACUGGGAGCAUUUCUGUUCCGGCAGCCUAUUCGAUGUGACCAGAUCUCCGCCACAUUCUCCUCUGCAUUGGCCCCGGCCAUCGGUGCGCCAGCGCUGACGGUCGCCGAGGUAGCACCCACUGCACCGCCCUUGGUGCCACAGCAGUUCCCAGCGACGCAAGCCGCCCCGCAGCCGCAGCCCGUGUCGCGGCCCACGCUGCCGCUGGAGGCGCCUCCGGCUUUCGUGAUGCGCGGCAAAGAUCCCUGCGUGCCCGUCGGGGGAGCGAAGGUCAUCGUGGGCCCUCGGGAAGAAUUCGAGUAUGUCCCCAGCGCUUUU